CAUGCCGCCCAUGCCGCCCAUGCCGCCCAUGCCGUCCAUACCUUCAUCCACGAUCCCUUCAAUGCCCGCCAUGCCAUCGCCCACACCAUACGCCCUCAGCAAAGCAUCCGCCUCACCAUCCACCGUCCCCCCAUCCACCAUCCCCCCACCCAGCAUCCCCCCAUCCACCAUCUCCCCACCCAGCAUCCCCCCAUCCACCAUCUCCCCACCCAGCAUCCCCCCAUCCAUCUCCUCCCACUUCCCUCCCGCCGUCAGCGCCAGCCCGCACAGCACCUCCUCCUUCACCGCCUCCUGGUAUUUACUAAACGUCGCACUUAAGCCACCCGGCAACAUGAAUCCACCAACGCCAGCAGCAGCAGCCGCAGAAGCAGAAGCAGAAGCAGCGGCAGCAGAAACUGCGGCGGCAGAAGCAGCGGCGGCAGUGGUGGUGCGGCUGGGUUUCACAGCAUUGCCGCCAGCACUAGUGGCAGCAGAGCCUCCAGCAGCACCAGCAACGGCGGCUGCUGCAGCCGUGGCUUGGGUUGGGCUGGUAGCGCCUGCCGGGAGAGAUGGGGCGGAGGACGGGGGGCAAGAUGAGUGAGAGACGCCAAGGGAGAGCAGAAGGGUGAGGAAGAAGAGGCCGGAGACGCCAAGGGAGAGCAGAAGGGUGAGGAAGAAGAGGCCGGAGACGAGACGAGGUCGCAGGAGGGCACAUGCAAGGGGCUGAAGGCAAGCGUUUUGGAACCAGCAGAUCCGAGAGCUUGAGAGCGAAGGCACGGCACGGAAGAGGGUGCGUUGGACAUCACGCACGGCACAGCCAGGGGGCUGAAAGCGUGCAGCAGCGGAUUACUUCUUAAGGAGGAUGAAUCGGUUGCAACACGCCUUGUUGUCGCGGUGCGGCAGGCGCCCCGACGCCUUGAGCACGCCCCAGUGCCGCGUGCCGUAGCUGCGCACGUGGUCCAAUAGAGUCAGAUCCUCCUG